GGCAGCGCGCGCCGGAAGGCCCGGCCUGCGCCUCCGCGCGGCCCCUCGCGGCCGCCGUCCCGGCCGCGCCGCCAGCUCGGCUCCCGCGGCGGGGGGGGGCGGUGGCGCCGCGGGGCCCGGGCCCGGGCAGCCCGCCGGGGAACAAAGGCGGCGGGAAGCGGCCCGGGCCGCGCCAGGCUGCCUGCGGGCGGGGCCGGCCCUGCCGCGGGAGCAGGCCCCGCGCUGGAGCGGGAGAGCGGCCGAGCCGCGGCCGGUGAUCUCAAGGGCUAAACACGGAGCGUGGCCUCGUCUGGUCCCGGUGGCGGCCGAACGUUACAAGUCUAAGAGCUCAGGACAAGAGCAGCAGAAAUACAUGCAACAUGGUGACUGGUGAGUCCAGAUUGUCCACAUGCUGCAAGUUGUGUGUGUGUUUUCAGUAACCUCAGUCUUAAGUUUUAUGAACUAACCGUAUGUGCUCAUGAUCCUCGAAGAGUUUCUUGAACUUAUUUCCUGGGAAAAAACGCAGUUAUGCUGAAUAGGGAGGAAUUGUUUCCCUUUAUCAAAGGAGGCUUGUUGCCUGGAUGCUCUUGUCAUUUUAAAAUGCAGUACUAAAAAUGUGCUGCUGAGAUCUAGUGAGGAUGGGUGUUUGCUGUUCCUAAUGUGUGUCUACAGGAGAAACGGAAUGCCUACAUUUAGUAUGUUUUAAAAGCUUAACAGUGAAAGUGGUGACUGCUGCAGCAAGCUGUGUGUGUUGCUCUGCAAUAGCCUAUCAAAUGCACACUUGGGCCUUAAAGAGGUUUUCUGUCAUAAAUUCAGGUGGGUUUAGUUUUAACAACAUUUCUGGGAGUACAGAUUUACUUUCCUGUACCUUUAUCAAGACCUGGUCCCGCUGCUGCUGCUGCAUAGGGUUCCAUGAAUUGCAGUUUUGGGGACUUCAAUGCUUUUUGUUAAAUAACCCCCAAGCAGCCUUCAAACUGACAGGAAUGACUCUGGGAGAAGCUUAGUCCAGACUGCAGUGUUACCUGCAUGGUGUCUUUAGCUCCUGUCUGAUUGCUAGAGUUGAAGAGCUGUAGAGGAAACUAAGGGAAGAUCCUGCUGCUGUUCCAGAGCAGGAGCAAACUCUGUGUGCCUCAGUGGGGUUCUGAGCUGUGGGUGGGACUCUAGGUGCUGCAGUGGCUCAGAUUGAGUGUUUCACUCUUCUGGGCAUUAGUGGUUCUCAGAGUGGUAAUUUCAAACAAACAUAAAGGAAUAUUUUUUCAUGCUAGAAGAGAGGAAAAGAGAGCCCUUUCGCUUGUGACAGGGGAGGACUCAGUAGUAGGGGAAGACUGGCUUAUAGUAGGCUCUUGGUUUUGAUGCUUGCUAAAAGGCACAGGGUCGAAGAUUUGUAUCUAAGGAAUUUAUGCUCUGUUUGUUCUGCUUCCUGGUGGUUGGAAGAGGUAGGUGACAAUUUGGUGGUGGACCUCUUCUUGAUCUUUGGGCCUGUUGCUUGUGCGUCUGGGUUUCUGGUGGCUUCUGGUGUCUGCUGCACAGAGCACAAUGGACCUGUGAGCUGCUCUUGACAAGGGUUGAAGUUCCAAAAGGAAAAGUGAGGGCUGAUGGAUAGCUGCAGUGGAAAACAGUGACCCUGCUGACCUCCCCACUCUCUCCCCCGACAAUAUUAACAGAGGUGAAUAGCUGUUCCCUGAGCCAUUCCAGCAUAAUAAGCAUCAAUGCAGGAGCAAGGAAGAAGGCAGGACCUUUGCUGAGAGGUGAGCCCCUCCUAUUCAGCAGCAGCUCACUCUCAAAGACCAUCUGUGGUGUUGAUGUCUGGGUUCCCAGCAUGGCAUCCUGGAGACAUAUUCCUCAGAAGUGUUUUCUCUCUGAAAGCUGUGUCUGCUAGCACACCUCAAAAUGUCCAUGCUAAAUGAUUUGGCUUUCCUAAAAGCCUCACUGUAGUAUCAAUGUAAUAUCUUUGCAAAUUCCAAGUAAAAUAUUGGGACAAGUUACCAGCUCAAAAUCUGUUUUCCAGCUUCCAGGUAUGUAACGGAGCCUCUUGCAAUUAAGAUGCAAAUGCAUUCAGGUGUGCCUGGUGCAGGUCCUGUCUGAGCCAUUGAGGAUGCGUUAACCAGGUUGUUCUCUAUUGGUUACAGUAGAGUAUUCCUUGGUGGCUCCUGGAGGUAACAUCACUCAGCAACUAAGUGAGUAGUCUUACUGGCUUUAUGACACAGAGUUGGCUUGAAAAUGUGUCCCAUCAGAAUUUCUGAAAGGCAGAAAAAUGUUUUUUCUGUCCACCUGUGGGCUGUUUGUGAGCUUCUGUUAGCUGAUUUUUACAGAGGUGUUGGAUUGACUACAAGAAUACUGUUAGGUGAUACUUUUUACUAAACUUUGAUGCAUGUUUGAAGAGUAUUUUCUGUAGUAAUCUCAUACAGCAGCAAAUGUUGCUUAAUAACUCCAGAAACUAUAGACACAGCAUGAGUUGCCUCAGGGGUGUUCCUCUUACCUUUGACAUUCGUUCUUUCUCCUGUGAGCCUGGUCCAAUGCACUAGCCAUGAACCUCCUCCAUGUAAACAGACACUUCUGUGUGUUCAGACUGCUGUCACGCAACAGUAAAGAGUGGUUAGAAUUUGCUCUAGCUCCCAUUGGGUUUGGUGGGAAUUGGAGCUGGACUUGUGGAAUACACUGAGAGCCUAGAACUAACUCCCAUUUUCACACAGACUGUUGCAGUUUUAUGUUCAACCACGUAUUUCUGUCUUGGUUCUACUUUGUGAAAUCAUGGUAAAAUGAUAUAAAAGGUUCUGCUUUUUACCUGUUCUCUUUAGACCUACAGCCAAAAUGUACAUAUAAUGAUGAUUGUCCCUUUUUCCUCUUUUCCACAGCUUGAUCUGGUAGUAUUGAAUCACCUCUUCUAGUCCUAAUCUCGUGCUGUUUCAUAUCUUUUCACAACUGUCUCAGUAUCUGGUAGUGUUAUAGCUCAGAUCUCUUUAUCAAGACUAAUUAGUGCCUUAGAAACAACCAGUAUGCUCACUGCAGAAACAAUUUGUGGGUUUAAACAAGAUAAGUCAAUAAAAGAAUGCUGUCAGAGUAUACCCUAGAGCAGUCUAAUGUUCUCAGGUAGAGUCAUCUUUUUUUGUUGUGUUGUGUUGUUUUUUUUUCCUUGCUCUCACUUCCUCCCUGAUCAUCUGAUUUCUUUUUCUGUCUAUCUUUUGUCUUCAUACACGGCAUGUUUCACGUUAACCUAGUCCUAUAGUAAAAGGACAUCAAGAACUGAUGCUGCUGUUGCCUUUGUAAUCUCCAGAGCUCUGCUUCUCAAUGUGUGCAGUUCCCUGUCUGAGGAAUCUCUUUAUUUCAGCACUCUCCUUUUGCUUGCUCUGUGCAGAUCAAUAAGGCUGUCCUCAUCCUAAUAGCAGUGGGCUGAAUGCUGCAUCUGAUGCUCUUCCGUUGUGCUUCCCAUUAGCUGCCUAGAAUAGAACUGCAUGGCCUGGUAGAACAUACUGCUCAGUUCUCCCACCUCUCUGGCUGCAAAGCAGGGUCACAGAUACUGAUUUCUAAGCUUUUCUCACUAAAGUUGCAUGCUGCAAACCAACAAAAUGUGUGACUUGACUUUGUUUGUUACGGGAUUCGCCUGGUCUGGGUGAAAUACAACACUAGAAGAUCUUACAUGGCAGUGAGCUCUUUGAAUAGUACCACAGUUACACCUGGUUAUCGUUCAGACUUCCCUGAGCUGCUGAGGGUUAAUCUGAGAAGGGGGUAAUAAGUAGCACAAGAUGCCUCAUAAACUAAAGCAUCUGUGUCAGGCAUCUGGCUGUGCAUGUCUGCUAGUUUUCAUACUGUACUCAGUAUGAAAUACUAGUUACUGGAGUUGGGAAUAUCCUUGCAUCAAAGGAGUACUGUAGUUAAGACUUUACCUUUCUCUUUUCUUAAGGAACCCUAAGGACCUUGCAAUAUGAAUAAUUCUCUGGAGAACACCAUUUCCUUUGAAGAAUACAUCCGUGUGAAGGCGCGAACGAUCCCCCAGCACAGGAUGAAGGAAUUUCUGGACUCCCUUGCUUCCAAGGGGCCGGAAGCUCUGCAGGAGUUUCAGCAGACAGCCACCACCACGAUGGUGUAUCAGCAGGGUGGCAACUGCAUUUACACGGACAGCACAGAGGUGGCUGGCUCUUUGCUUGAACUUGCUUGUCCUGUGACAACCAGUGUCCAGCAGCAAACUCAGCCAGAGCAGCAAAUACAGGUUCAGCAACCCCAGCAAGUCCAGGUUCAGGUCCAGGUCCAGCAGUCACCGCAGCAAGUCUCUGCCCAACAGCUCUCUCCACAGCUGACUGUCCAUCAGUCUUCAGAGCAACCGAUACAGGUCCAAGUGCAGAUCCAAGGCCAGGCGCAGCAGCAGGCAUCCCAGACAAUACAGAGUCAGUCUCUUCAGAGCCCCAGCCCAUCUCAGCUGCAGGCAGCUCAAAUCCAAGUGCAGCAUGUGCAGACUGCCCAGCAGAUCCAGGCUGCGGAGAUACAAGAGGAACACAUACAACACCAGCAGAUCCAGGCCCAGCUUGUGGCAGGACAGGCCAUUACUGGCGGCCAGCAGAUACAGAUCCAAACAGUUGGAGCACUGUCGCCUCCACCUUCUCAGCAAGGCUCUCCACGAGAGGGAGAGCGGCGGAUCAGCACGGCUAGUGUCCUUCAGCCAGUGAAGAAACGUAAAGUGGAUAUGCCAAUUACUGUAUCAUAUGCUAUUUCAGGGCAGCCAGUUGCCACCGUGCUGGCCAUACCUCAGGGCCAGCAGCAAAGUUAUGUCUCUCUAAGGCCAGACUUGUUAACAGUGGACAGUGCCCAUCUGUACAGUGCCACUGGGACCAUUACUAGCCCCACUGGAGAGACUUGGACCAUCCCUGUUUACUCCGCUCAGCCACGUGGUGACCUUCAGCAGCAAAACAUCACCCACAUUGCCAUCCCUCAGGAGGCCUACAAUGCCGUCCAUGUCAGUGGCUCACCAACAACCCUGGCUACCGUGAAGCUGGAAGACGACAAGGAUAAGAUGGUGGGAAGUACUUCAGUAGUGAAGAACUCUCACGAGGAAGUGGUGCAGACUCUUGCUAAUUCUCUCUUUCCAGCGCAGUUUAUGAAUGGCAACAUCCACAUUCCAGUGGCAGUGCAGGCUGUGGCAGGGACGUACCAGAAUACGGCACAGACGGUGCACAUAUGGGACCCGCAGCAGCAACAGCAGCAGCCCACCCCCCAGGAGCAGGGGCAGCAGCAGCAACAACUACAAGUCACUUGCUCAGCUCAAACUGUUCAGGUUGCUGAAGUGGAACCACAGCCACAGCCACAGACUUCACCUGAACUUCUACUUCCAAACUCUCUGAAGCCAGAAGAAGGCCUUGAAGUGUGGAAAAGCUGGGCACAGACCAAGAAUGCAGAGCUAGAAAAAGAAGCCCAAAAUAGGCUAGCACCUAUUGGAAGGCGUCAGCUGCUGAGGUUCCAGGAAGAUCUCAUCUCUUCAGCUGUGGCUGAGCUGAAUUAUGGUCUAUGCUUAAUGACACGAGAAGCUCGAAAUGGUGAUGGUGAACCCUAUGAUCCAGACGUGCUCUACUAUAUUUUCCUGUGCAUUCAGAAGUAUCUCUUUGAAAAUGGCCGAGUAGAUGACAUCUUCUCAGACCUCUACUACAUUCGGUUCACUGAAUGGCUGCAUGAAGUCCUCAAGGACGUACAGCCCCGUGUUUCCCCUCUUGGUUAUGUCCUCUCCAGUCAUGUAACAGAAGAGAUGCUGUGGGAGUGUAAGCAGCUUGGAGCUCACUCCCCUUCCACCUUGCUCACUACACUGAUGUUUUUUAAUACAAAAUACUUCCAGUUGAAAACAGUAGACCAGCACAUGAAGCUGGCCUUCUCCAAGGUGUUGAGGCAGACCAAGAAGAACCCUUCUAAUCCCAAGGAUAAAAGCACGAGUAUCCGCUAUCUGAAGGCUCCUGGUGCACACCAGACAGGACAGAAAGUUACAGAUGACAUGUAUGCAGAGCAGACUGAGAAUCCAGAGAACCCCCUGAGGUGUCCCAUAAAGCUGUAUGACUUCUACCUCUUCAAAUGCCCCCAGAGUGUGAAAGGCCGGAAUGACACGUUUUACUUGACACCGGAGCCGGUGGUGGCCCCCAACAGCCCUAUCUGGUAUUCCAUCCAGCCGAUCAGCAGAGAGCAGAUGGAGCAGAUGCUCACCCGGAUCCUGGUGAUACGAGAGAUUCAGGAAGCUCUUGCCGUGGCUAAUGCCAGCACCAUGCACUAAGGCAUCCUUCUUGGCUCAGAAAGGGUGGGGAGGGGUGAUGGGGGAGGGACAAGCAAAGAUAAAUUGUACAGACUUUUACACUAAAGGAGAUGCCUAAGUUUUUGGUUUGGUUUUUUUUUUUUAUUGGUGUAGUUAUGAAGCCCUUUUAGGCUUCUUCUCUUUAAAAGAAUCUAAAGGAAAACCUACCCAUUGUGUAUCCUACCCAACACGCCAAACUGUUGGAACCAUUGGAGGCUGCAUAUCCCCUGCAAGCUGGGAGCUGUGGAAAGCUGCUGGUUGACUCUGGUUUGUUUUUUUUAUGAUGUAGAAAACAUGAACUACAGGAUUGGCCUGGAUGGCUGGGGCCUCUGUCUCCUUGGAGCACGUGCAGCCUAGAGGGCACAGAAUGAUGGAUGGACCUGCUCAGCCAGUGGAGGAGAGGCAGGCAUCUUCUUUUCUUGUGCUUGGACAUUAAUUUGCUGUUAUCUUGGAAGGAACCGGAGAGAGUGAACUGCAGUUGUGAUUUAUAAAAAAACAAAACAAAACCACAAACCAACAAUUUCUAUUCAGACCUUUAAGUGACAUUUUUAGAUGUUAAAAGUACAAACUUUACCACACUUCUUUUUUUUUUUUUUUUUUUUGGCCUAACGUUGAGGCCUUAAACCUUGAGGCUCCUGUGCCUGAUGGAAUUCUUGUAACAUACACUUGUGUAUCAUAUAAAGAUACCACCCUGUUUCUCUUAUGUAUUCUUACUCUAGUUGUUUAUUAAGAAUGACGAGCACGUCUUUUCAACAUGCCAUUGAACAAUGUGUCUUUAUUUGGGGAAGAGUGAGCUGUGAGGGUGGGGAGGGUCAUGAUACAAAGAUCAGUAUGCAAACCAGUUGUUUUCAUCCCUGUUUGUGCGUUCCAGCUUGACUCCGCUGGACUUCUUUCACCCCUACACAUUAGGAAGGUAGAAGGGGAUUAACUUCUGUUGAAGGAUCGGAAUGUCUGCUUGCUGAUGGAAGCUCAGUGUCAGGCUAGGAACAUGGGAUCUGUGAGACCAGAUCAGACUGUCUUAAUGUUCUGUAGCCAGCCUGUGAGGCUUCACCCCUAGGCAAGUCCUCCUCUCCCCACUUUCACCAACGCAUCACACCAACGGCAUGAUGGAGGGGUGCUGGAGAGAAAAGGCCUUCCAGGAGCAGCACAUGGCUUACUCCUGCCAUUUAACAGCCUUUUCACAGUUUUUAACACAGCUCUGUAGCUUCUGCCAUCGUUCAUGAUCAUAAGCCCCAGCCCUGUAGCCUUGCCUUGCUGCAUCUUGAAUGGUUGCUGUAUUUUGUAUGGUUAGCAGUAGUCAGCUCUUUUGAAGUCAGUGGGUAGCCAACCGUGCUUGAAAUGGGAGAUCAACAGCCAGGCUUGUUUGUGUCACCAGCUUCUUGGAUGAAGAGAGAUGACUCUGUUCCUUGAGCUUGUCUUCCCUGCUUCACCAUCUCAAGUCCCUUCCCUAUUCCAAAAUACAUAGAGAUACAUUGAAAUAUAUAUUACAGUAAAAGAACUUAAACUUGUGUACAGGCAAGCAAAUCUGCUGAAGCUUCUGUUGACCAGCACCUGUCUGUAUUGAGAAGGAAGGUGUGCCCUCUCUGUUGGUUGUGCACAGUGCAAAUGGUGAGAGCAGGCAUCAUGUUCCCUGCCUUGGUGCUCUGAUCAGUGUUGAGGUGUGUGGGCUUAGAGAGACUUCAGGUCGCUGAUGCUUCAUGUUGGUGUUCAUGAGGAAGCAGAUGUGCUUGAGGUGAUUGUCAGUAGGAGUUUGUUCCCUGUAUAGGACUCUGUGCUUGAAAAGGUGCUUAGAGGUGAGGUUGUUCUCUAAUACCUGCACUCUGAAGUAGGCUCCUAGCUCAGUGUCUGCCCUCAGUUACACUAGGGGUAAACAGGCCAGGAUUGGUGCCCAGAUCCCAGUGGGUGAGUUGGGAAUAUGGUGCCUGGGUGGUAUGUAGUGCUGGCAACAUGCACCCUUAGCUCAACCCUUGGGACCCAGCUGUUGCCCCUGGUGGGGAGGUUGUUGGGAUCACCAGUACCACUGCAGCUGUCCACAGCCUGGGAUCACUCUGCCAUAUCUUAGUGAGUGAAAUGUCUAUUUCUGGCCAUAAUUGAAGUAUUUAAGGAUAUGGUAUGGGGCAGCUCCCACCGCUCCAAGCAGUUGAGUGUGCUUGUUGCUUGGGAUGCCUGAGAGGCCUGCACAGGGUGGAUUUCCCAUUCUUUGGGGCAAUUUGUCCUGUCUUCUGAACUAAGUUGCAAAAAUGUGAGAGAAACUGUAGACACCUGUGCUAGAGUCCCAGUGCUCUGGAGCACUGCAUGGGAAUCUGGCUUCCAGGCUGCCUCUGCACCUCAGCAUAUGCCUGCUACUUUGUUUGCCUCCAUCUGAAGUGCAGUGAGUGUUGAAUUCAUCUGCCAGAUCCCCAGUGUACACAUCACCUCAUUAGGUGGCUCUGGGAGCCACCUCCUACUCUAAAAAUUGCCAGAAGCUGCAAUAACUUGACAGAAUAUUAGGGCAGUUCCAGGUGAGGGGUGAACAGCUGCUUCACCUGAGCUUUCUGGGGAAACAGAAUUCCAUGUUACCUUAAAACUCUAGAUGGUGCGCUUCCCUUACUACCCUCAACUGAAGGAUGAUCUAAACUCUUUGCAGAGGAAGAGUUCUCCUUAAUCUUGGACUGUACCACUUCAGAGUGGGGGAACCUGGCACGCAGUGAGCUAUAGAGAUCUCCUGAUGAUUGGUUCUGUCCUGACAGACUGAAGUGUUUCCAUGAUUUUCUCAUUGUUUGGAUGUACAUAGGAGAGGGAUUUGCUGACACAGAAGUGGACUGCUGUACUGUUCUGUACUGUCUCAUCACAGUGUCCACAGUGUUAACUCCAUUCCCUAUUUUUAGAGACAAUCGAUAUACUGUGAUUUAAGGAUUCUGUUUCUGGACCUGGCUUCUAGUCUGGCUCUCUGGAGCUAGUUUUAAAAGGUACAGUAUUUCUUGAGCAUAAGUACUGUGUUCUUUGAUAGUGAAGAACACGAUCUGCUCCCUUUUAGGGGCUCAUAGGAAGACAUGUGCAUGGAUUAGCACAGAAGAGUGCUGUGGCUUAGGGUUGCUAUCCAAGUUCUGGGAAGCGUUCCCAGUCCAACAUGAUGUAAAAUAGCUUUUUAACACUUUCCUAUAACUAGCUUGACUGCAGCUUAAAGGGCAUUUCCCCUCAGCUCUGAGAGUGCCAAACUGCUGGUGGCUCUUGUGCUCCUGUGUCUGUCAAUGAGAACUCUCCCUGCCCUGUGCCUUGUGUGAGGCAGGCUGGAAAUGCAUCUGUCUCUACAUAAAAAAAAGCUGGGAAAAGUCAAGCUAGAGACCCUGCAUUGUUGGUUUCAAAUUGUGCCCAUCUUGUCUCUGUGGUGUGAAAGGAACCAUAGAAAGCAGAGCCUGACUGACUACUCUAAGGGACCUCCCAUUCUGACUUGAAACUCGUGUCUUGUCCUAUCUCUUGAUGCCAAGAUGUUGCUUUCCUAAGGAAACUUGUAGCAUCUUAAGACACUUGCCCAUGGCACGGUGAGAUUUUUGUUUACUUUCAAGAGUUGAAGCAUUUCCUCUAAGUGGUGCUGGCUGAAGCAGGGGAGGGCAGACUGGAGAGUGGCUCUACACUCCUCACUGCAGUGGUGAGUAACAGGAACAGCCUAAAUACCUUAACAGGGCCCUCCUCUGUUGGCUGCUUCACCCUAGGGAGCUCCUGGAUUUUAGAUGGGAGACAAGGUCCAAAGUAAUUCCUGAACUAUUCUGCCUUGGACUGAUGAGGAAAGACCUGAUCUGAUCCUUAAAUUAGAAUCCUCUUAUGCGCUGUUGCUCCUUGGGCAGAAAUUAAGACAGUUUUGUUCUUGACUGCACCAGGGCCACUUUCUGCCUUGGUGUGUGUAGAAUGGAUCAGGCCACCUUCACACCUCCUGUGCUGUGAAUAGAACAGAUCCAAAAGUGGUAGAAGAGAGCCCUCUGAGCAUGCACGAGGUGAAGAACUUGCUGAUACUCUAGUUGCUCAUCCUCUUGUUGGUCUGAGUGCUGCUGGAAGCUGAGUGGCUCUGUACGGUCCAACCAGACUGCAUUCUCUUCCAAGUUGAAUAGUGACUUACUUACAGUUGGUGUCUGGACUCUUUAAAUCACUGUUAAAGUGGAAUAGAAGAUGUCUUCCACCUUAGACAGGGCUUUUCUCCCCAUCUUCUUGCUGGGGCUGCUCCUCUCAAAUACUACAGGGAAUGUACCUUAUCCUGACAUUUCAGCCUGUUCCCUUUCACCGGUGCCAAUGCAUAGAAAAGAGCCCUUCUCAGCUUGAGCAUCUUCCUGCCAUAAGGAGCAUCUCAAAUCUUCUUCCAGAAUUCUCACUGCCAUGCUGCCCCAAAGCCUCUGAAGCAAUUGCUGUGUCCCCUAGUUGUCACUUCCCUCUGUGGCAUGGCUGCAGCUCAGCUCCUGCUGCUGCAGUCGCUUUCCCCGUGUAACCUCGCGCAUGGCAGCCACGUUUGCCUGCUUCUGCGUGACUGUUUGAGCCCAUCAGGAUGGGGAGGCAGAUGGAACUCACAGCAGCAAUAAACCGUGUCUAGAACUUGAGAGGGAACUGCAGGAGAGAACAAGGUGGAGGGGAUGUCUUGGAAAGGCAGGGUGCCCUUGCAGCCCAGAGCCUCGCUUGGUAAUGAGUGUGCAGCCUAUAUGCAAAAUACGUCUUGUCUGUCCCUCCCGUGUUGACCCUGGUCUAAACAGCACAUGUGAUUGGCAUCCUGCAAAGUGACCUUCAGAACUCUCCAGUAGCUUUGCCCCGUGAGUAACUCACACUACAAAUCAUUUUAAAGAGAUGCACUCAACUAUUUUUUUAAUUUAAUUUUACUCUUAUAUUCUCUGCUCUUUGUAAUCUGCUUGGAAAUAAAAUGUUUUUUUCCCUGCA